AUGGGCAACUUACCUUUGUCUCGGGAUUUUUCGGGGCGUCGCUUGUCCUCAGAGGAGCGCGAGGCCAUGAAACGUUUUGGAGACGAAGAGAUUCGACUGCUUCGAGAAACCUUUAAGGGCUUGGCGAAUGGGAAAGAUGGCCUCAGCGUAGACAAAGAGACCUUUCUCAAGUGCUUUCCUAUGCGUGGUUUACUCGGUGAACGCUUGUUUGAGGUGAUUGACAAGGACGGUGCCGGCUCUAUUCACUACAAUGAUUUUGUCUACGGUCUCGCAAUAAUGUUUCGAGGGUCACGAAAGGAAAAAUUAAAGUUCAUUUUCGAUCUCUACGAUCUUAGCGAAGCUAAUUCCAUUUCUCGUCACGAGCUUUUGACUAUGCUGUAUCAGUUCCCUGAGUCGGCGUUGGAGCUCAUCAAGCCGAAGAGUGAUCUUGAAGAUGCCACUAAUUUGCCUGAAUUGUCCACUUCAGUAAAAGUUAUGGAAGAGAUUGAAGCUUUGGUGGAUCUAGCAUUUCCAUCUUCUUCUGUUUCUACGACACGACUUAGCUUUGAGCAGUUCAGUCACUGGUGUGAAAACACUCCUGGAGUUACCAAUUUUCUCAUGAGUGUUUUACCUUUGGAAGAUCACGCAAAUAAGGAAGAUAGCUUCAGUUCCAGUGGAAGUAAUGUGGCUCCUGUCACUUUAGUCGACGGGUCAAAACUGCAGUCUGGAAGUCUUAAUAUCGGGGAUUACAAUGAACUGCGAAAGAGGCACACCUCUUUUGCUAAUUUUCAAAUUAAUCGAAGUGCUGCGAAGGCAAAUACAAUACCAUCCUCGGAGUCAUCAAAUCGUAAAGAAUUAGAGAAGAUACGAAACCUAUUGCAAGAAGCUAAACAUGUGUCAUCUAUCAAGACUGUUACGUCCAAGAUUCAAACAGCGCUGUCCGAAGUGGAUCGCCUGCUUUUACUUUCUACAGGGAGCUCGGAAACUACUGCAUCAGGCUCGAGAUGUGGCUCCUUCACAAGCUCUAAUGAAAGCCCGACGCCAUCACAAGCGCUAGAUGAGAUGCCAGGAGUGCUAGUGGUUGAAGACUCUCCCAGUGUCUCCGGAGACUUGUGGAAGCGAGGCUUGCGCCUACGUAAGAUGACGAAGCGCUACUUUGUGUUGCAAGGCAACUUUCUUUAUUAUUACGCUUUUCCAGAUGAUACGGCACCAAGGGGAGUGAUGUUCUUAAGCGACUGCUACGUGGAAGUGCAUUCUGCGCAGGAUAAAAUUAUUGAAAAAGGUCUGCACUAUUUUGGAAUCGAUAUCGUCCCAGAACCUGGUAGCUCACGGGAGAAACGCACUGUGUUUGCACGCUCCAUUGAAGCUCAGAAAAGAUGGGCUGCAGCACUUCGUCAAGCAACUGACAAAGUCUCAAUUGAGGAAGUUUAUAACGUCGGGGCACAACUUGGUCGUGGGCGGUUUUCGAAGGUGUGUGAGGCAACACACAAGCGCACAGGAGUCAGAUCAGCGGUGAAAAUUAUUGAUAAGAGCAAGCUACAACCCACGGAAAAGGAGCUUUUGCGUACUGAGAUUGCCAUUUUGAAACUUGUGAACCAUCCAAAUAUCAUCCGACUUAAUGACGUCCCGGCUUGUGAUGCGUCCACUACUUGA